CCCAGCAGAGGCAGGACCCCUGAAUGGCGGCGUCCAGUCACUCCAGGCAUCGGACGAUGAGGGUCCUCAGCUUGCUGCUUGUCCUGAUGCAAUUGCAGCAUGCGUACUCCGCAUCAAAUGGUGUCACAGCCAGUCUAAAGGCAAAGUGGCCCAUGACUCCGAUUUUACUGGAGACAAGUGAGUUUAUUGGUGAAGGUGGAGAUGACAAGUUUUGGCAGUUUGUUGAUACUGUGAAGGAGUUGACCGUCUACAAAAAUGGAGAAUCUGUCCGAUCAUAUUAUAACCUGAUCAUUAAAAAGGCUGGUCAGUUCCUGAGCGAUCUCCAGAUCAGCCUGCUGAAGUUUGCACUCUCCCUCAGAGCGUACUCACCUGCUGUACAUGCAUCCCAACAGAUUGCCAGUGAUGAGCCUCCACCAGAUUCCUGCUCUGCCUUUGUCUCUGUCCACGGUCUACACGCUUGCAGCACUAAGGACAUGAAGAGCCUUCUGAAGGGUGCUGCAGGCAGGCCAAAGCCGUACUUGUAUAAGAAUGAUCAUAAGUAUCCAGGGGUCAAUGGGACAGAUCUUCCUGUCGCCAUACUUUACGCUGAAAUCGGCACCAAAAAGUUCAACUCGUUCCAUAAGGUUCUGUCUGAAAAAGCAAAAGAGGGAAAGCUGAUCUAUGUGCUGCGCCAUUUCGUUGCUAAGCCAAAGAAGCAGCAUAUGCUUCUGUCAGGAUAUGGCGUGGAACUGGCUAUUAAAAGUACUGAGUACAAAGCGGUGGAUGAUACACAAGUUAAAGAUUCAAAAUCGUCAACCACUUUAGAAGAGGAUGACCCAGAUGAUGUCCAGGGGUUUUUAUUUGCCAAAUUAAGGGAGUCUCAUCCAGAGCUGCAGGAGCAAUUAGGAGAAUUGAAGAGGCAUCUGUUGGAGAGUACGAAUGACAUGGCACCCCUCAAAGUGUGGGAGCUGCAAGACCUGAGUUUCCAAGCAGCAACCCGCAUCAUGUCUGUACCGAAGUUUGAUUCCCUUAAACUGAUGCAAGAUCUCAGCCAGAAUUUCCCCAGCAAAGCAAGAUCACUGACCAGAGUAGCUGUAAACCAAGAAAUGAGAAAAGAAAUUGAGGAGAACCAAAAGCGACUGAGUAAAUCUCUGGGAAUCCACCCUGGAGACGCUAGUCUCUACAUCAAUGGAAUGCACAUCGAUCUGGAUCUUCAUAACCCCUUCAGCAUACUGGACAUCAUCCGAGGAGAGGCAAAGCUUUUGGAGGGGCUUCAUAACCUUGGCAUCAAGGGCACUACAUUGGGCAAGUUUCUGCGCCUUCCUGUGACCACUGUGGAGGACAGCUACGCUCUAGACAUCCGGCACGCUGCCAUAACGUGGGUUAAUGAUAUUGAGACCGAUUCCACAUACCGGAACUGGCCCUCCAGCAUUCAGGAGCUGCUCAGAGCCACGUUUCCCGGUGUGAUUCGACAAAUUCGACGGAAUUUCUUCAGUUUGGUUCUGUUUCUUGACCCAGUUCAGGAAGACAGCAUUGAACUGGUCAAAUUAGCUGAGCUCUUUUACAAGCACAAGAUUCCUCUCAGGAUUGGAUUUGUCUUUGUUGUAAAUACAGAUGAAAAGGUGGACGGUUACACGGAUGCUGGUGUUGCUUUCUUCAGAAUGUUUAACUAUAUUACAGAGGAGUAUGACACAACCCAGGCCUUCUUAUCCACGGUGUCUAUGUAUAACAAAGUGAAUGUUGGAGAUUCCUUAUCAGUUGAGACUGUGACGGCAUAUCUGAAGAAGAAAUUUCCCAAAGCCAAUGCUGCCAAAAUCCUUGGAGUGGACUCAAGCUUUGAUGAUAAAAGAAAGGCUGGGGCAGUUUUCUACAGAAAGACUGGGCUGGGUGCUCUUCCUAUUGGUCUGUUUAAUGGGGUUCCACUAAGCACCGAGGAGAUGGACCCAGACGAGUUGGAGACUGUCCUGCUCCAGCACAUCAUGGAGGCCACUAACCUCUUCCAGAAAGCCGUCUUCACGGGUCAGCUCUCUGAAGGCACAGAUGUGGUGGACUUCCUGAUGGAUCAGCCAAAUGUAGUGCCACGCAUUAAUCCUCUAAUUUUAAACCCAGACAGAAGGUAUCUGGACUUCACAGCAUCUCCAGUUGCUGAUGACUGGGAUGAUUCAAUGAUGUUCUCAUAUCUGGACUCCAAGGACAAGAUAGCUGUUGUUUCUAAGAGAAUGAAAUAUUUAACAAAGCAUGAAGAGGACGUGGUGUAUGGAGUCAGCUUUUGGAUUGUUGCGGACCUUGAGCAAGCCUCCGGAAGGCAGUUCCUGCUAAAUGCAGUCCAACAUUUGAAGUACAGUAGUUCCAUCAGCCGUGUUGGUGUGAUUAAUAACCCCAGUGACCGACCCACAGAAGACAACAGCAGCUUAUACAGAGCCAUCUGGGCCUCCUUUCUUACUCAAAGCAACAAGCAUAGCCUUGAUUUUACCCUAAAACUUCUCAAAGACGAGACUGUGCAGCUCAUCAGACAGGGCACCAAGAUUAAAGAUCUACUCUUAAAGGGCAUGGACCAGGAUGCCUUUGAGAAGAAGUUCAACACUAUGGAGUUGGGCUUUUUGCACAGCCAGCAAAGAUUCUGUCAGGAGGUGCUGAAGGUGAAGGCUGGAGAGACGGCUGUAGUCAGCAAUGGCAGGGUCCUGGGUCCAUUUACAGAAGAAGAGGAGUUCAGCACAGAUGACUUUCACUUGCUGGAGAAACUCACGCUCAGCACCUCGGCAGAGAAGGUCAAGGCUAAAGUAAAGCAAAUGAGCUUGACACCCCAAGGUGCAUCUGAUCUCAUUAUGAAAGUGGAUGCUCUCCUCUCAGCUGCUCCUAAAACAGAGGCCAGGAAGGAUAUCAAGUUUGCAAAAGACAAACACAGCGUUUUGCGCCUUUCCCCACGGGAAGACGAGGUGUUUUUUGAUGUGGUUGCGACGGUGGAUCCGCUCACAAGGGAUGCUCAGAAGUUGGCCCCUUUACUGAUCGUGCUUGGUCAGGUGCUUAAUACCAGGGUUCAGUUGUUCAUGAACUGCAAAGCCAAGCAUUCAGAGAUGCCGCUAAAGAGCUUCUAUCGUUUUGUCAUGGAAGCCGAUCUGACUUUCUUUGGCAAUGACUCACUGUCACCUGGCCCAAUGGCUCGCUUCACUGACAUCCCAGAAUCCCCCUUGCUCACUAUGAACAUGAUCACACCAGAGAGCUGGAUGGUGGAAGCAGUCCAGAGCGCAUACGACUUGGACAACAUUCACUUACAAAAGGUCAGUGGUGUGGUAAAAGCAGAGUAUGAACUGGAGUAUCUACUGCUGGAGGGCCACUGUUUCGACCUGUCCACAGGUCAGCCUCCACGGGGACUGCAGUUUACGCUCGGCAUGAAGCAGGAACCACUAGUGCAUGAUACCAUCGUCAUGGCCAACCUGGGAUACUUCCAGCUGAAGGCUAACCCGGGAGCCUGGAUCCUGAGGUUACGUAAGGGACGUUCUGAAGACAUUUAUCAGAUACAAGCGCACGAUGGAACGGACUCCCCUGCAGAUGCUGGAGACGUAAUAGUGAUGCUCAACAGCUUUCACAGCAAGAUCAUCAAAGUCAGAGUUCAGAAAAAGCCAGACAGAAUCAAUGAAGAUCUUCUGAGUGAAUCUACAGACAGCAAAGGCCUGUGGGACUCGAUUACCAGUGUGUGGAGUACUUUGGAGAAAAGUUUAACAGGCAGUUCCAGCGUGGAAGACGGCGAGACAAAGAAGGAGGACGUGCUCAACAUCUUUUCAGUGGCAUCUGGACAUCUUUAUGAGCGCUUUCUAAGAAUAAUGAUGCUGUCUGUCCUCGAGCACACUAAAACCCCUGUCAAGUUUUGGUUCCUGAAAAAUUACCUCUCUCCCUCCUUUAAGGAGUCCAUUCCACACAUGGCUAAAGCCUAUGGUUUCCAGUAUGAACUGGUGCAGUACAAGUGGCCGCGUUGGUUGCAUCAGCAGACAGAGAAGCAGCGCAUCAUCUGGGGCCACAAGAUCCUUUUCCUGGAUGUUCUCUUCCCUCUAGCAGUGGAUAAAAUCAUUUUUGUGGACGCUGAUCAGAUUGUCAGGGCAGAUCUCAAAGAGCUGAGAGACCUGGACCUGGAGGGCGCGCCCUAUGGCUAUACGCCGUUCUGUGACAGCCGCCGUGAAAUGGACGGGUACCGUUUCUGGAAGACAGGGUACUGGGCGUCCCAUCUGGGUCACAGGAAAUAUCACAUCAGUGCCUUAUACGUGGUGGACCUAAAGAAGUUCAGGAAGAUUGCAGCAGGAGAUCGUCUUCGAGGACAGUACCAAGCUUUAAGCCAAGAUCCAAACAGCCUUUCCAAUCUGGACCAGGAUCUCCCUAACAACAUGAUCCAUCAAGUGGCCAUUAAGUCAUUACCUCAGGACUGGCUGUGGUGUGAAACUUGGUGUGAUGAUGUCUCCAAGGCCAGCGCUAAGACAAUCGACUUGUGUAACAAUCCAAAGACCAAAGAGCCGAAGCUGAGCGCCGCCGUACGGAUUGUGCCCGAGUGGUCCAGAUAUGACCUGGAGAUCAAGCAGCUCCUGCAGCGGGUCAAGGAUCAGAAACAGAGCACAAAGUCGUCUGCCUCGCAGACACAACGUACAGGCAGCCAACGUGAUGAACUUUAGCACCUGUUUGAAAGGAGAGCGAGAUGUUUGCAACCUCCAGUAUGGCUCUACAAGUGCACAGAAAUAUCUACAAACCAGGACGUAUUAAACUGACCCUGAUCUCCCGAGAAGAGGAUGAAAAAAAGAGACUUUCUUAAACAUUUUUGUUUUCUAUUUAUGAAUCUUGUUGGCUGGAGACUAUAUUUUAAAGGUACAUUAGGUCAAACUUUCUAUCAGAACACGAAAAAGGAAUCCUUUCAUAACGAAAAUGAAGAUCAAGAAGCGGGAAGAGCUUUUCUACUGUCGUGUGUUGAACCAGUCAAAAGGAUCAAACUGUGUAUAUUUAAUCUUUUGUGUUACUUGUCUGUUCUGCUGCACAUAAAAUAACGCCUCGCGGGAUAAGGACUGUGUUUUGUUGCCAUCAUGUGGUCAGUUUUUGAAAAUUUGCACUGAUGAGUAACUGGGUUCAUGCAUGCAUGUGCGUGUUCCUCAAUAUUUUCAUACAUGUCUUUUUUAUUAUUGUGUUAUUAUUGUUAUUAUUAUUAUUAUUAUUCAUUCCACUCAAUAAGCUCAUGGUGAGUUUUUCUCUUCUCUUGCACCGUUGACACAAAAUGGGAGGUCUAAGUGAAAUUUUUUUGUAUCAUGUACAAGUCAUUAUUCCUUAAUCAUGGUGAAGAAGAAAAAAGCUAAAAUCAUUACAACAUGAUUAAAUAAAUCAUUUCAUCGUGA